AAGCCAUGCAAAUACCCCUCCUCACCACUUUCACGUGCGCGGCCCACCUCGCGGGCAUGGCGACGAUCAGCGGGCCAAACGACGUCUCGGGCUGGGUCUACUUUCAGCAGAAGGGGCACAAGAUGAGCGUGACCGGCGAGAUUCGCGGCCUCUCCCCGGACCAGGAGCACGGCUUCCACGUGCACGAGUUCGGCGACCUCAGCGACGGGUGCAUGUCCACAGGCGCGCACUACAACCCUUUCGGACACGAUCACGGCGCCCCGUCCGACAAGAACCGGCACGUGGGUGACCUCGGUAACAUCAAGGCGGACGCGGACGGCGUCGCCAAGAUCGAAAUCAAGGACUGCCUCGUGCGCCUGUGCGGGCAGCACAGCGUAAUUGGGCGUGGUGUCGUCGUGCACGAGGGCACGGACGACCUGGGUCGGGGCGGGUACGACGACUCAAAGAAAACGGGGCACGCCGGCGGGCGCGCGGGGUGCGGCGUUAUUGCGUACGCGCCGCUCAACAUGCUCGACUAGGCGUUUUGAACGUAGAAGGGUGUAGAUGCAGGAAGUGUGAUUGCAGGCGGUCAUGCAAAGUAUGAUGACGGGGUUAUAACACCUUCGGCCUACGCAGAUGAAGGAGCGGCUGCCCUGUUGG